AUGAGUGCACGACAUGGAGGCUGUGAUGUUACACCAGUCUCCUCAAGAGUAUUCUUGUUAUUAUUGACUCGAUGUUGGAUCUGCAUGUCCUUGAUCAUAAUGUCUUUGAACCAUAUUCAACAGAACAAUAUGGUUGUACAUGCGACUUCAAGUGAAUGUCGUAAACCAUCCUCGAAUGAUUAUCUUGGUCGAUUCAACAAGGGAUAUUCUGUGGUUCUCAAUUCUGAGGAUUCAAAUCCAUUGGAUGUGGAUGAACAAUACAUGAUGCAGAAGGAUAUUUUGAAAGCUGCCUCGGCUCGAGUGGAAGCUGAUCGAAGGAAAAGACAUGAAGAGAGGCAAGAAGAAGAGACAAUAAGGGAAUAUCAUCAAGAUUAUGAAAGGUCUGACAGAAAUCCGUCAAUGAAUAAUGAAGAAAGACAAGUCAAACAUGAGUUCAAUCAUGAACAAGAUCAUUUCAAAAGCAACAACAGACGAAGAGCCAAACGACAAACAACAAGUGCAACAAAGAAGCUCUCUCCUUUCGCAAAAGAAGUAAUUCGAUCCAAACCAAAACGUUUCAAUGUGACAGGUCCAACAAACCUUUCUCUCAUUCAUAGACAAUUCUUUGUUGGAAAACGACUCUCUGAAUGUGUCGCUUGUAAAUUGGAUUGCAUGGAUCUUGGAUCUGUAUUUAAAAGAUGCAAAAAACGAUUUUAUUAUUAUGGAUGUCAAAUGAAAGCUCCUUGCUUCACAGUUGAAGAUGGUCGAUCUGUGAUUGAGACUGCGCUUGGUAUUUGCAUGAAACGCAAUGGAUGUGUUUUGAGGGAAACUGACAUUCCCGCAAGAAGAGGAAAAAAGAUUUUGAAUGCCAUGAUCGAUCAAGUGAUUGAAAAUUCCUCCACAAUCAAUGACGAUGUUGUUUGA